AUGACCCGCGGCGAAAGCACCCAGUCCAAAGUCCAUUACAAGGGCAGCAUUGACGACUUCCUCGUCUUUGUGGAAGAUCCGGAGCAGUAUAAGCAGUGGCUGAAGGGGGAUACGUCCAUUCCUCUCGCGCAGUUUGUGUCUGCAUUCAAGAUUUUCUUGACGCAUAGACAAGGCGCCCAGGGCACAUAUGACGCCGCCCCCAAAAACAUCCUCUACUCAGAAUUCGGCACCGACAACGAAGAUGAAGUAAUCAAGAAGAUUCUCAAAGACGGCACCAUGCAGACCAUGGAGAUGCCUGGUCGACAGGGCGUUACCAACGAUAGCAUGAGCCCCAUGAAGGCUCAUUAG